AUGGCUACUCCAAUCACUAAACAGAGCGUCAGUGCUUUCAAGUGCCGCUCUCCAAUGGUGACUCCUUCCCCUACCACCACUCCAGAACCAGUCAAGGCGCUUCCGACAUUUGCCAGAGCCAAACUCGAGCCUGUGCCUUUUGUCAGCUCGGAUAAACCAUACAACUUCUUGCUUGUGGAUGAUAACAUCAUUAACCUCCGCAUCUUUGGACGUAUUUUGCGUAAGCUCUUUCCCAAAGCCGCUGUGAAGUCUGUCCAAGACCUGCUGUUGCUUGAGCUCACCGAGGAGCUGUUUGAGAACUACGAUUGUGUGUUCUUGGACAUUGACAUGCCAGUAGUGACAGGCAUUGAAAUCGCUACCAAACUCAGAGGCUUCCCUACACUCGACCAUGUGGGACUCAUUGCAGUGACCACCAGGGCUCUUCUUGCAGACAUGGAGCUCUACGAGAACAUUGGUUUCGACCACACCUUCCCUAAGCCUAUGAAUGUCAGCUACAGCGACAUGAUCAAGAAGAUCGAGCAGGUGGUGAGUGUUAGAGGGGCCCUUAGAGCAGGUACUCAGGCCGAAAAGACACAGGAAUAG